UGUCUGUUGAGUGAUGUUUAGAUACUAGUAGGAACCUACCUAUCGUGUUUUUAAAAACAUCUAAAUACUGAAUAGAUAUUUUAUUAAAUAUUAAGAAGAUUUAACAAAUAACAUUUUGAUUAUUAAUAUGGAUCCAGAAUCCGAAGUUACGAAAGAGAAGAUUCACACAGAGCCAAUAUUAAACGAUCCCCGGUAUGUAACCCUACUAAGCGUGGUCAUUCUUCUAUUUACCCUUGGGUUCUGGUGGUGUAUAUCAAGUCGUCGGCACUUACGAAACUCCGUCCUUUUAACUGGUCUCUCAGAAGCUGGAAAAACACUUCUAUUUGUUCAACUUGUAUACUCUCAGUAUAGACAGACAUUUACGUCUAUGAUUGCAAAUGUUGAAGACUAUAUUACACCAAAAAGCACAUUGAGACUUGUAGAUCUCCCUGGUCAAGAGAGACUUCGCAACAAGUAUUUUGAUCAGUAUAAAAAUAAUGCUAAGGCAAUCGUUUAUGUUAUUGAUUCUGUGACCAUUCAAAAAGAAAUAAGGGAUGUGGCAGAAUACCUGUACACAAUAUUGGUUGAUCCGGUAAUUCAAAGUAAUUGUCCAGCUUUAUUAGUGCUUUGUAACAAGCAAGACCAACCAACGGCAAAAGGCAGCCUAGUUAUAAAAAGUUUGCUUGAGAAGGAACUAAAUUUAGUACGAAUAACAAAAUCAAGCCAACUGGAAUCAGUUGAUUCUACACAGACUUCUAACGCAAGCAUUGGCAAAAUAGGAAAAGAUUUUGAAUUCUCACAUUUGAAUUGUAAAGUUGAAUUUAUAGAAUGUUCCGCUAAUACUGGAGAUGAUGAUAACCCGACUGAUUUGAAGUCAUUACAACAAUGGAUCUCAAAAGUGUAAAAUGUUACCUUUUAAUUUUGUACUUUCCUACGCUUUACUUAUUAGGCUAAAACUUCAAAAGUUGCUGCAUUUAUAAAUAUAUUAAAUACAUUUUUUAUUAA